GAGACAGCACUGCACAUGGCUUUUUGCAUCCGGAGGUUAUGGAAUAUUCUGGAACGGAAACUGUCCGGGAACCAUAAAGUAGACACGCAUGCGCGUCCCACUUCUCGAUAUUUCCUCACGUGGAGUUUCCGCUUCAGCCUGUUAGAUCCACACUCAAGAAGAAAUCGGGGCUCAACAUCACGAGGUUUCAACGACUAUCACUUAAAGAUGGCUUUCAGGAAAUUCCUUCCCAUGUUUGACCGGGUGCUGGUGGAGCGUCUGGCUGCAGAGACUAUGUCGAAGGGGGGCAUCAUGUUGCCAGAGAAGGCCCAGGGCAAGGUGCUGCAGGCCACAGUGGUGGCAGUGGGACCAGGCUCCACCAACCAGAAAGGAUAUCUGACACCCAUGAGUGUCAAAAUUGGAGAGAAGGUCCUUCUGCCAGAGUACGGAGGAACUAAAGUUCACCUGGAAGACAAGGAAUACUUCCUGUUCCGUGAUGCUGACAUCCUUGGCAAAUAUGUAGAAUAAUCCUUUUUGCUGUACAACCUCCAUUCAUCCUAAUAUAGGUUGCCUCGUUUUUGUUUCUUAUGUUAUUCAAUUGUAAAUAAUUCUGAUCAUGUUUUGUUACAAUAAUAAAGUUAACUAUUGAAUCUA